CGGACAAAUUUAAAAUAAAAUAAGUCUAUCGAUACAAUUUUUUCUGGCUCAUAUCACUGUUUCCCAUCUCUGAAAAUCUAAAAUUGUUUUACAAUGAAGAUGGAAGGAGAAUUAACAGUGUUAAAGAAAAAUUUAACUGAAUGGAGAUUCAACCAAUAUCCAAAAUACAUAUUAUUGCCGAUUGACGAAAACAAUGAUCAAAUUUGUUCUAAUAUAAAGAAUGUUGUCUUUUCUGAGGUUACACCGUGUCCGCUAGAGCGCAACAUACAACUAGUGUGCGUCUCAGAGGAUGCGCUAAUCAGUAUUCUAGAUAUGGAUCCGGAUAUAGCUAAUCGGGAGGAGUUUGCUGAAUUUAUUGCUGGUCGGAAGUUGCCGUACGGCGCCUUGCCCGUCGCUCAUCGAUAUGGAGGCCACCAGUAUGGAAUGUGGGUUGGCCAGUUAGGGGAUGGAAGAGCGCAUAUUCUUGGAGAAUACAUAAAUAGACUCGGUGAACGUUGGCAGCUACAGUUGAAGGGAUCUGGGCUAACGCCGUAUUCACGAGCGCACGAUGGCCGAGCAGUUCUCCGGGCCGCUUUGAGGGAGAUGAUUGCUUGUGAAGCUUGCCAUUUCUUAGGCAUACCCACAGUGAGAGCGGCGGGGCUUGUCGUAAGCGACGAAGCAGUGAUCCGAGACGUCUAUUUCACUGGCAAUCCGAAUCGCGAGCGAGCGGCCAUUCUGCUCCGGCUCGCCGAGUGCUGGUUCCGCUUUGGCUCGCUGGAAAUACUGGCGAGGAAUGGGGAACUCGCUGUACUGAGACAGCUCGGCGACUUUAUUAUAAAGGAGCAUUUUCCGGAUAUUCAACUCUCGGACGAAAAUCGUUUCAUAAGGCUGUUCUCCGAAGUCGCACAUCGGACGUUGGAUCUUGUGGCCAAAUGGCAAGGCUUUGGAUUCACCCACGGCCUACUAAACACGGAUAAUAUGAGUAUUCUGGGAAUCACAUUGGACUACGGUCCAUUUGGCUUCGUCGACUCGUACGACGGUGGCUUUGUAGCCAACUGCUCCGAUGGCGAGGGGAGAUAUUCACUGGCUAAACAACCUGACGUAGUUGUGUGGAAUGUUGGACAGCUGGCGAAUGCACUGAAGCCACUGUUAACUUCUUCUCAGCAAGUUCACAUGGCGCAUAUAUUGAAGACAUUGGAUACAUACUGCAAGAAUAAAAUACUGGAAACGUUCCUUUUGAAAAUUGGCUUGAAAGAAGAAAAAUGGGGAGAUGAGCAACUGAUCGAAAAAUUACUAGAUAUGAUGCAGAAAACUGGAGCUGACUUCACGGCUACAUUCAGGCAACUUACAGAGUUGGAACCUUGCGAAAUGGUUAACGAAACUAAACUGAAUGAGAAAUGGUCACUGAAGCGCUUGUCCUCGCAUGCUUCGUGGGGCUGCUGGUUAGACCAAUACCGUGAAAGACUGGAUAAAGAAGCAGUUGACGCGAGCUCUGCUGGAGUAUUCGAAGACGAGCGCCGCAGACGCAUGCUCGGUGUGAAUCCAGCGUAUGUGCCGCGGAACUGGUUGCUGCAGGAAGCAGUAAACGACGCUGAAAAGAAUGACUUUCGAAAGGCGCGUUUUCUAUUGGAUGUCAUGCGUCGUCCUUAUGAUGUACAGCCAGAAGCCGAGGCUCGGGGGUUUGCAUCGCAACCGCCACAGUGGGCAUACGCCCUUAAAAUAAGCUGUUCUACUUAAGAAAAACAAUAUAUUGUUGCUGU